AUGAUCCCCGCUACCAAGCGGACAAUCAACUCAUGUCUGCGAUGCCGAGUGCGAAAGAUUCGCUGCGGUCGCGAAAGACCCGAGUGUCAAAACUGCGCACGUUAUGGGCAUUCCUGCCGAUAUGCCCCGACUCCCACUGAGUCGAAUUCAACAAGGCCCGAAGGCAAUGAGGGGUACAACGAGCUUGCACAGCGACUAAGUCAUCUUGAGGCAGUAGUCGCGCGAUUGGCGGGCACCGCGUCCGAGGGCUCCCCUCCAGAGGGGUCUGCUGUUUCUACUGCGGGUAAUGUUCAUAUUGUGGAUAGUGAGCCACGCCUCUUGUCGGGGUCGUACUGGAAGCAAUUAGCUGCACAGCAUCCCGAUUUCAACGCUCUCUUAGACGCGAACCAAGAUGAACAGCCACCAUUCAAACGGGUACAGCCGAGUCGACCCUUAAAUUUAUUUGUCGCUCCAGACCCCGAAUUUUACCCGCAUGCUUAUAUUCCACCACUACCUGAGGCCGAGCGAUUGUACGCCAUCUUCCUCGACCGGGUGGACCCAGUUGUGCGCAUCAUUCAUAAGCCGACGUUCUUGGAGGAGAUGCAAGAGUACUAUCUCCAAAUUAGACAAGAUAAUGAAAUUGACAAAAGAUCGACAGCAGCAUUCGAGGCGCUUCUCUUUACCGUGUUAUUCGGUGCUCUCGCCAGCUUAUCCGAGGAGGAGCACUGGGGCCCAUCGCCUGCAGGUCAAGAAACUGCCCCUGGACAUGUCAAGCGGGGCUGUUUACAAGCCCUUCGGCUCGCCAUCGAACAGAGUCUGAUCCGAUCCGAGCUCCUUGAAAGACCUAGUCUCCACUCAAUCUCGGCCUGCUGUCUCUUUUUGUUUAUUACGUGUGAUGAAACCGAUGUCCCAUACCAUUACUGCUUAACUGGUCUGUUACUACGUGUUGCGCGAUCAUUCUCUCUCCAUAUAGAUCCACAGGCACUGGCAGACCGGAGGCGAAUACAAAAACCAGCACAAGCUCCAUUCAGCGCCGUUGUUGUCGAAGUUCGCCGGCGACUUUGGCACGUCAUUAUCCACCCUGAAAGCCUCGACUUCAUGUCUAGCGAAGCACGUGGUGUAGAUCCUGAGUCUAUUGGCAUCCAAACUUGGCCUACCACGCUUAUGCCUGCAUUGCCGGGGAACAUGAACGACGAGGAUAUUGUCGAGGAAGCACAGGAAAAUAAAAAUAACGCACGUUUCACCGAUAUGACAAUGUCUCUCGUUCGCUACCAACUUUCCCUCGGCCUGAGACAGCUAGUUACAACCCCUGUCCCCCCAUCUGGCUCUGACACGAUCCAGAAGUGCCUCGAUGGAACAGUGGAAAUGGUCGAGAGACAUUACCUACAAUACUGUCAUGCUAGCGAUCCUAUUCAGACAGUCACGCUGGAACUUGGUCGCCUUGGUGGGUAUAAACUCCGGCUCCAUGUAUAUCAUCGAUUCCUAAAAGAGCGUGAUGGCAUCAAUACUAGCUACUGGAGCCCGUCUCGAAAAAGAGCUAUGGGAAAUGCCAAAGACCUGAUCUCCUCCUAUCAAACUCUUUUAGCCGACCCUAAUAUCAGACGGUUCCAUUGGCACAUUCGCCGGCACUCCCAACUGCAUGGAAUGCUUCAUAUAAUCAACGAGCUAUCCACAAUAGAUACCUCUAAUCUAUCGGUCGAUACUCACAUUCUUUGCAAACAAGCCUGGGAAACCAUUGCCGACGUUGAGAUGAAAAGCGAUUCAGCAGAAGAAAAUAGCAAAGAGAAACGACUGUGGACCUUUCUCCACAAUCUACGGGAGCGAGUGAGGCUUCGCUUAUAUACACAGGAGUUCAUCAGUCGAGGGUUAAGUACAAAUUCGGGGGAAGUUGACGAUAACUCCCUUAUGAGCGGUAUUGAUGGCACAAACCUGCUAGAGUCCCUGUUCGGCGGCAAAGAGCCCUGGAAGCUCACUUCCCUGGUCCAGGUUGGACGAGAUGAUUAA